AUAUUCUUCUCGAGCAUUUUCUCUCUCAGCAUAUUGUCUUUCUUUCCUGUUAUAAAACGAUUACUCAAAUUCUAUACAAACCAAUCGUUGCUACGCACAACUGCUGGAAGCUGCGUGCAAUGCGUAUUUAGUUUCUGAAUCUCGGUUUCACUAUGUAUACGCUGGCUCGAGAUUAAUCCGAUAAAGGCAAUCGGUUGGGUUCUUAUUUGUGCUUAACUUUGCUGAAAAUCCAAGUUUUCGCAUAUUCUUCAACGUUGUUUUUCGCCGACUGUUUGUUUGUUUCUCUGCAUUAGGAGUGGAUGCUAUAUGAGUUGGAAAUGGCUUCUAAAUCAGAUUAAGUUUUUGGAUUCUGAAUUGGUAACAGCUAAAUUCAGCGAUUGUUAUCUCAGUGUGAUUUAUGGAUGCUGAUAUUGGAGUUUGUGCGGUCAAGAAUAGUUGGGUAAACAGUAUAUUAAGUUGGCGGCACUUCUUGGUGCUGGCUAGUGAUAGUUUUUUCAAAUGGCUUCCUCCACUCUCAUUAGUGACUCUCAACCUUGGGAAGAGUUGAAGGCCCAUGUUGAUGAGAUAAAAAAGACCCAUUUACGUGAUCUAUUGGGUGAUGUCAAAAGAUGUGAAUCAAUGGCAGUUGAGUUUGAUGGAAUUCUGUUGGAUUACUCAAGGCAACAGGCUACUCUUGAAACAAUGAAUAAACUCCUUAAAUUGGCUGAGGCUGCAUCUUUGAAACAAAAGAUUAACAGCAUGUACAGCGGGGAACAUAUAAACAGCACAGAGAAUAGAUCAGUGCUUCAUGUAGCCCUUCGUGCACCAAGGGAUGCUGUUAUGCAGAGUGAUGGAAAGAAUGUCAUUCCAGAAGUUUGGAAAGUUCUGGAUAAGAUCCAAGAAUUCUCUGAGAGGGUCCGCAGUGGAUCUUGGGUUGGAGCUACAGGAAAGGCUUUGAAGGAUGUUGUUGCAAUUGGUAUUGGAGGCAGCUUCUUAGGUCCAUUGUUUGUGCACACUGCUCUUCAAACAGAUCCUGAAGCUAUUGAAUCUGCAAGAGGUCGUCAGCUACGCUUUCUUGCAAAUGUUGAUCCAAUUGAUGUUGCUAGGAAUGUCACAGGAUUGAAUCCAGAAACUACCCUAGUUGUGGUUGUUUCAAAGACUUUCACAACUGCUGAAACGAUGUUGAAUGCACGAACACUCAGGGAAUGGAUUUCAUCUGCCCUAGGGCCCUCUGCCAUAGCAAAGCAUAUGGUGGCAGUCAGUACAAAUCUCACGCUUGUGGAGAAAUUUGGCAUUGACCCAAAUAAUGCUUUUGCAUUUUGGGACUGGGUUGGUGGCCGGUAUAGUGUUUGUAGUGCUGUUGGAGUGUUGCCAUUAUCUCUACAAUAUGGUUUCUCAGUAAUUGAAAAGUUUUUAAAGGGAGCAUCCUGCAUUGAUCAACAUACACUUUCAGAACCUUUUGAAAGAAAUAUACCUGUGCUUCUGGGAUUGUUGAGCGUAUGGAAUGUUUCAUUUCUUGGAUAUCCUGCCAGAGCUAUCUUACCUUACUCUCAAGCCCUGGAGAAGUUUGCCCCACACAUUCAACAGGUUAGCAUGGAAAGUAAUGGAAAGGGGGUAUCAAUUGAUGGUGUUCCUUUACCAUUUGAAGCUGGUGAAAUUGAUUUUGGUGAACCAGGAACUAAUGGGCAGCACAGCUUUUAUCAACUCAUACACCAGGGGCGCAUUGUUCCUUGUGAUUUUGUUGGAGCUGUGAAAAGUCAACAACCAGUUUACCUGAAAGGUGAGGUUGUGAGCAACCAUGAUGAGCUAAUGUCCAACUUCUUUGCACAACCAGAUGCCCUUGCAAAUGGAAAGACCGCAGAGCAGUUGCAAAAAGAGAAUGUUGAUCCGCAUCUUAUUCCUCACAAGACAUUCUCUGGCAAUCGCCCUUCUCUCAGCCUUUUGCUUCCAUCACUGAAUGCUUAUAAUAUUGGACAGUUAUUGGCAAUUUAUGAGCACAGAAUUGCUGUAGAAGGUUUCAUAUGGGGCAUCAAUUCUUUUGACCAGUGGGGAGUGGAGCUGGGAAAGUCAUUGGCCACUCAAGUCAGAAAGCAACUUAAUGCAUCUCGAACGAAAGGAGAACCAGUUCAGGGAUUUAAUUUCAGUACUACAAGAAUGUUAACAAGAUAUCUCAAGGAUAGUGCUGAUGUUCCGGCAGAUCUUCCAACUCGUUUACCGCGGAUUUAAAUGUCUUUUUGCGAGCUAUGUUUGUUUUGAAUUUGAUCAAAACCAAAUAUGAAUCCUGCAGCCGUGAUGCAGGCAAUUUGUUUUAUAACUCUUUUUGUAACCUGUGAAUUCUGAUUGUAUUUAACAUGUUACUGAUUGUCGUUUGAAAUAAUUUAUGGACUCGACAUAUUCUCAAGCA